AUGACUGCAUCACUUAGAAUGCUCGCUUAUAGAGUAGCAGCUGAUUUUAUAGAUGAAUACUUGAGGAUUAGAGACAGUACCGCAAUGAAGAGUCUAUAUUAUUUUGUUAAAGCGGUGGUUGAAAUUUAUUUCGAUCAGUAUUUGAGGUCACCAAACAACAAUGACAUUGCUAAACUACUAGCAGUUGGCAAAAGUUGUGGCUUUCCUGGAAUGUUGGGAAGCAUUGAUUCAAUUGCAUCAUAUGAUCUUUGGAUAUGGCAUGCAUUUUUUGGGUUACACGGGUCUCAUAAUGAUAUCAAUGUACUAGAAAAGUCUACUGUAUUUACUGAGCUUGCUCAAGGGCGUGCUCCUCCAAUCAAUUACACCAUCAGCGGUAAUGAGUAUACAAUGGGAUAUUAUCUUGCUGAUGGUAUAUAUCCACCAUGGGCAACAUUUGUGAAAACAAUUCCAUGUCCACAAGGAAACAAGAAAAAACAUUUCACUAUGGCCCAAGAGGCAUGUAAGAAGGAUGUGGAACGUGCAUUUGGGGUGCUUCAAGCACGAUUUGCAAUUGUGCGUGGAUCUGCACGAUCUUGGAAUCUUGAGUCAAUUAAAGUUGUUAUGAAGGCUUGCAUAAUAUUGCACAAUAUGAUCAUUGAGGAUGAGCGAGAUGACAAUGAAGCAUAA